AUGACCGCUCAACAUUGUCAAGCCUGUUUCGAAAAUAUCGUUGCCAAGGUAGGCCCUUAUCACGAAAGGGGUGAAUGGACCGAGAUCGACGGUAGAAAGACCUAUGUCACUGGCCCAAAGACAGCGGACCGCGGGAUACUCUACAUCUACGACGUGUUCAGCUUCCAGCCGCAGAGCCUCCAGGGCGCCGAUAUCCUCGCCUAUUCCGCCUCCAAGCCCUGUUUUGUGGUCAUGGUUGAUUGGUUCAACGGUCGCGCCAUUCAGCAUGAAUGGGUCGACCCGAACAACCAAGAAGGCCGCAAACUCAUGCUGCAGUUUGUGGAGACCACAGCCUCACCCACCCUGGUCCUCCCCUCCGUGUCCGAGGUUCUUGGCAAGUUCAAGUCGAUCUAUCCUGGCGUCAAGCAAUGGGGGGGGUCUGCCCAGUCUUCACCAGCGCGCUUAGAUCCCGAGGAGGCCAAAAGUGUCACUAUUCCUAUGGCACUUCUAGCCCCUACUGGAGAAGAUAAGACUGUUGUCAAGCAAUACGGGGAGAACGUUCAUGGAGAGAAACACGUCGAGAUUUUCAGCUCCCAGAUCCAUGGAUGGAUGAGUGCAAGGGGUGAUCUCGAGAACCCAGAUGUCCGCUCAGAGUACGAGAGAGGCUAUAAGACCCUCAUAGGGUUCUUCGAUAAGUACCUUUAA